AUGUUACCGGACUUCUUAUGUAGACCACUAAUUAUGCUAUUUGGCAUAUUAUAUCCAGGAUAUAUGUCAUAUAAAGUGCUCAAGACAAAGCGAUCGACAAAUUAUGGUAUAUGGCUAAUGUAUUGGAUAACCUUUUCAAUGUUCACUUCCGUGGAAACCAUAACAGACAUAUUCAUUGGYCCUUGGUUGCCAUUUUAUAAUGAGCUGAAGCUUUUGUUUCUUUACAUGACUUAUCCAACUUCAGACAGCUCUUUAACUUAUGUGUACAAAAAUAUCAUAAGUCCAUUUAUUAAACGACAUGAAAAGGAUAUUGAUGCUCAAAUAAGUAAUUUUAAGAAAGGUGGCUUACAAACCUUAAUGAUAGCAGGCAAAAAGUGUACCAACAUUCUCUUGAAGCUCGCUAUAAAAGCUUUCCACCUCUAUGGGAUACAAGCUGUUCAGUUACAAAAUAUUAGUAUGAAUAUAGAUACAACUUUGAUUGAGAAUAGCGAACCAGAUGGAUAUAUUAAUUGGGAAGAAGUCAUUAACGAUUCUGAAGAUGAUACUUCAUUCAAGAUGACAAGUUCUUCAGAAUCUUUAACGUCUUUAGUAAGAGAGGAACCACCUGAAUAUUCCUUUUCAGACAUGUAUGGAAAUGCAUCAACAAAUGGCAAUGGAAUAACAUAUGAUCCACCAUCGUCUAACACACGCAGAAGAAAAAAAGCCCCAUGAAAAACAAAGGAAAUAAAUGAUUUUAUAUAGGUAUUUGAUACUAAAAAWAUUGUAUUUACAAUUGUAGAAAAUGCAUACAGUUUUUUCAAUGUGUGUAAUUUAAUGUUAUUUUUAUAUAACACUUUUUAUAAUAGAUGAUCUCUUUUUUCAUUAAAUAUAUAUUUUUAUACUCCAUACUGUUAAGUUUUAUCUUUUUAUACGUUUUUAUAUUAUGUAAAUAUAAAUAUUACAAUACAUAUUGUAUCAUCUAUCAAUAGGCUAUUUUACACAUUACAUUUAGAUUCUAUUGCUCAUGAACUCCAUACCUAGAUGUUUUGUAUUAAUGUGUCAUACACUCAUAUAAAACUAUGACAUAAAAAUUGUGUGUUUAGUAGAAUCAUUAGAAUUAUUAUUUAAAAUAUCACUGCGAAUUGUCAUAUUAAUAA